AUGGCCACCGCUGCAAAGCCUGGGUAUACCGAUUACAUCAUGGCAUUGAAAGAACCUGUCAGUGAUGCCACCAUCAAGCAAGCCAAAGCUGAUGUCGAGUCAGCUGGAGGCGAGGUGACAUAUGAAAUCAAGACAGGUUUGCAUGCACUUAUAUGCAGUCUUCCCAAUGAGCGAAUCACGACCUUUGAUAACAAGAAUUAUGUGGACUUUAUGGAACAAGACCAAGAAGUUCACAUCAUGCAGGAAUAA